UGAGGUUGAUUCAGGUUCAGAGAGCAGUGUGAAUGACAUUGUGGAGACAGGGGAUGCCAUAGAUCACAGUGACAGCAGCAGUGCAGCACUGGGAGAUGCCCUAGGGCUAAUAGGCUGUUGAGGCUACAAAAGAAAUUUGCUUCCUGCUUGGAUCCCCAUUGGCUAGGGAUGAUAUUUUGAGCCCUGUCAGGGCAGGCCCUGCUGGUAUAUCUAGCAGCAGCACUCCUGAACUGAUAGAGAUUAGGACAAGCACUGAAGGUCUGUCAGGGCUGGAGAAUGGAUCUGAAAAUGCUCCUAAUCUUCAUUGCAUUUCUGCUUCCCUCUGUACUGGGCUUCCCUAUUCAGGACACCUAUGAAAACAGCACAGCAACAACAACAGAAUCUACUCAGGUUACUACAGAAGAGGAUAUAUAUGAUUCUCCAUCGCCAACAGAGAUAGACUCUGAAGAUGAAGUUAUUUUUAACAGAAUUUUGGAAGUUAACAAAGACAGCUCUCGGUACUUGCAAGAAGGUGACAUAGUCCCUCGAAGGAGCCGCAGUGCCAUCAACUGUCGCAAUUGUUACUGGCCUCAGUCCAGGGAUGGGAUUGUUCGUAUUCCCUAUGUCUUGGAUCCUACUUAUGAGGAGAACCACGUGAAAGGGAUUCAUGAAGCCAUGGCAGAAUUUGAAACACUGACUUGUAUUAAUUUUGUGAAGCGCAAGACAGAACGUGACUACCUCAUCAUUAGAUCUGCUGAUGGAUGCUGGUCCAACUAUGGAAAAGUAGGAGGUGGACAGACAGUAUCUGUGAUGAAAGGAGGCUGCAUGUGGAAAGGAAUUAUUCAGCACGAACUGGAUCACGCUCUGGGGUUUUUGCAUGAACAUUCUCGAAGUGAUAGGGACAGAUAUGUAAGGAUCAUGUGGGAGUACAUCAGCCCAGCUGACAGACCAGACUUCAAGAAAUUUGAAAACUCCAACAAUCUAGGUCUUCCUUAUGACUAUUCUUCAGUAAUGCACUAUGGCCCGUAAGUAGCAAUAUGACGUUGUUUUUGUUGAAACUCAAAUCUUGCAUUAGAACUUUUAUAGCACUCUUCCAACUAGUAGAACAUUGUGAGUCAAUUCAGUUCUUCCAUUCCUGAAGGUUAAAUCAUUAUCCUUUGAUUUUCUUUAUGGAGACAUUCACAGCUGAGCUUGGGGGUAAA